UAAUUACACGUAAGCUGAGAUGUGAGGAUCCAGAUCCAUCCCAUGGGGCGCCAUAAUUACACGUAAGCUGAAGAAGUGACGGUGUCCUUAAUUUAAGGGGUAGGGGCGCCAUUAUCACAGACAGUAGUGUCCGACUCUUCGAGGUGCAUAGAAAGAUUGAAUUUUUCUCGGGCUUUCGUCUUCAAGUGCAAGUGAACCAACCUUGCAAUCUAUCUCUCUGGAUUUCCUCCAAUUUUUUAGUGCUUUCGUCUUCUUGAGCAAGUGAACUAAACUUGCAAUCCAUCUUUCUGGGUUUCUUGUUCUUCUCUCUCUCUCUCUCUCUCUCUCUCUCUCUCUCUUCCUGUCCCUGUCUCUCUCAGAGAAGCGUGUUUAUAAAUUUCACCAUGGCUUCAGCCAUUCCUGUUUCUCAAUCCCAACCCUUUUCCAGUGAAACCCACUUCAGAACAUUAAAGGUUAAUCCUACUUUGGUGUUUAUUUCUUUCAAGAAUUCCAGUUGCCAUUAUAGGGGGGUGUUGGGAGGGAAGUACUCUGUUAAUAGUAGUCGUGGCCGAGUAGAAAUGUCUUCUUCUAAGAGGGUUGUUAUUUCUGCAACAACGGCAGAGAAGCCGAAGAAACGAUAUCCGGGCGAGGCGAAAGGAUUCGUGGAGGAAAUGCGAUUUGUAGCAAUGAAAUUGCAUACAAAGGAUCAAGCCAAAGAGGGGGAGAAGGAAGUCAAGGAACCGGAAGAACAGGCAGUGAGGAAAUGGGAGCCCUCGAUUGAAGGGUAUCUCAGAUUUCUGGUCGACAGUAAAUUGGUUUACGAUACACUCGAGAGGAUUGUCGAGAAAGCGAGCUAUCCUUCAUAUGCAGAAUUCAAAAAUACAGGGUUGGAAAGGUCAGGAGCAUUGGCUAAGGAUUUGGAAUGGUUUAGGGAGCAAGGAUAUACUAUUCCAGAACCAUCUUCUCCUGGCAUUUCCUAUGCUCGUUAUCUGGAAGAUUUAUCUGAGAAGGAUCCUCAAGCAUUCCUAUGUCACUUCUAUAAUGUUUACUUUGCCCACACUGCUGGAGGGAGAAUGAUUGGUAGAAAGGUUGCUGAAAAGAUACUUGACAGUAAGGAGUUGGAGUUUUAUAAAUGGGAUGGUGACCUCUCCCAACUGUUGCAAGGUGUGAGGGUGAAGCUCAAUAAAGUUGCGGAAAGCUGGUCUAGAGAAGAGAAGGAUCAUUGCUUAGAGGAAACUGAGAAGUCAUUUCAAUAUUCAGGAGAGAUCCUCCGUUUAAUAUUGUCGUCUUGAUAUGUGCAACCUUUCUGCUAUCUUUCUGACCAUGUGGUUGUGCAAUUGUUAAAAUUCAUUAUGUUUUAUGGAUUCUUUUCCCAUCAAGUUUAAAUAUUAUUGUAAACAUAACAUUUACUUGUGUAUAAGAAAAAACUUUCUUUUUUUCUGAAAAA